AUGUUUGGAUCGAAUUCCAAUUCAACGUUUGGUGGAGGCUUCGGAUCUAAUCAAAAUACAGGAACCACUGGCGGUGGAUUGUUUGGAGCCAAGCCAGCGACAGCAGCGGGCAGUACGGGUGGAGGAUUAUUUGGAGGUGGUGGUAAUACAAAUACAAACUCGACGAAUCUCUUUGGAGGAGCCCAGACUAGUGGUGGAACAUUUGGAGCCAAGCCAGCUGGGCCUACUGCUGGAGCUACUGGAGGGUUGUUCGGAGGAGGAAACACAAACUCCAGUACAACAGGAGCCUUUGGAGCCAAUACUUCUAGUAACACUAGUGGUGGUCUCUUUGGUGGAUCGGCGAACAACAACAAUAAUAACACAAGCACGGGUGGUCUUUUUGGUAGUAAACCAGCUGGUUCUACUGGUGGUUUAUUCGGAGGAAGUAACUCAUUGAGUGUCCCUGGGCAACAGCAGCAGCAACUGCAGCCACAACAGCAAGGCGGGGGACUUUUUGGUGGUAACACAAGUACAAGCAAUAAUGCUGGAGGUGGGUUGUUUGGCGGUAAUACCAAUAAUACUGGAACAAGUGGUGGACUCUUCGGGACCAAACCAGCUGCUCCAGCAGGACAGACCGGCGGAUUGUUUGGUGGUCAGCAACAACAGACUAACACACUAGGAGGAAGCAGUAGCGGUGGGAUCUUUGGGGGAAAUCAAAACCAGCAGCCUGGCAACACCACAGGAGGACUAUUUGGUAGUAAACCUGCCACUACUGGAACCACAGGAGGAUUAUUUGGUGGGAACAACAAUAAUUCCGGAGCUGGUACUACAGGAGGGCUCUUUGGAGGCCAGCAAUCUAGUCAAACUGGGGGGUUAUUCGGUGGAGGGUCUACUAACAAUACUUCAGGUGGAUUGUUUGGUAACAGCAACAAUAACAGCAACAACGCUCCAGCUGGCGGACUUUUCAAUAAUAACAACUCCAACAAUGGUAUAAAUAACAUCAAUAACAAUAAUAAUAACGCCAGUGUACAGCUAACUGCAAUGACCAGAGUAGGAGACCUCCCUCCUCAAUUAAAGAAAGAAUUGGAGGACUUUGACCGUUACAUAAAUACUCAACACACUAUAGCUACAACACUCCAAGAAGAUGUACAGAAACAUGACAGGCUAAUCAAAUCCAUACCUAGUGAUACUAGGUACUUAAGAACUAAAAUUUCAUCUACUAAGCAGGCACUUCAUAGCGAUACUACACAAUUGGCCAACCUCAAGUCCAUCAACAAUGAAUUGGCUGAAGAUUUGAGCAAAGUAAUGAAUUUGAUUGUACAAUUGGCUACCCCGGGAACCAAACUUUCCUCGUCGAUGCAAUUGAAUGAAUUUUUCGUCAAGAAAAUCCAUAAAUAUCAUGAUGUUUUGAAGAAAUACGAAGCAAUUGCUUUGGAGGCGGAGCAAACGGUUACCAGUUUAGAAAAACUGUGUAACGAUGGGUUUGGUGGGUUAUUGAGCAUAAUAGAUGUGAUCCGUAGCCAAUAUAACUUGUUUAUGGAGUUAUGUGACACCAUGUCUACCUUACACAGUCAAGUUGAAAGACUCACAUAG